AUGCAUGCCCCAGCGGCAGCCGAAUUGCAAAUGCUUGGCUUUCCUACACAGUCUCCGCUCCGCUCCGUGCAGUUUAGUUCUGAGCUGGACGUAGCGACCGUCCCGGCUGAAGUCUUGCGCGGUGCUGCUCGUCCUAUUGGCCUGACAGAACAGAUCAAAUUGCGUGGUGAUCCCAGCGCCGCAGCAGACAGCUUGCUCUCCGACCAGCAGAUGCUACUGCAGGAACAGGACGCUCACCUGGACCAAUUAGGCAGUAGCAUCUCCCGCCUGAAGGACAUCUCCCACCGUAUGGGCGGUGAACUGGGUGAUCAGGUAGCCCUGUUGGACGACUUUGGGGAGGAGAUGGCACAGACGGAGUCUAAA